AUGACCAGUCUGACUGAGCUCACAGAUGCUCAUGCCGUCCUCCUCGCCGUCCAGCUCGCCUCAGACGGCGACCUGGAUGGAUUACACCGGGUUGUCUGUUGGCGUCGUCAUGUUUUGUCCAACAUUUUGGUAUUCCGAAUCUUGCUAUCCUUUUCCCCCGUGGAAUUCUCUAAACAAUCCAUUCUUGUCAACUUUCUAAAGGCUCUUGAAGACACUUCCCUCGAUUCAGCCGGCCUUGAGGACACGGAAAUCGACCUGUCCAUCUGCCACAUGUCGCGGAAUGAUGCAUUACGUCGGUGUCAAGCCCUGAAGCUACGACCAAUCCCCGAACAUACUGCCAUUGACAACGGCAGUGAGCUGGCAAACUUCAUAAUCGAAUGGGCGAAACGACUGGAACUCCUCAGCGGAGCUGCUCAACCUUUAUUGGAAUUUGUGGAGCCAUUCGUCAGGCACGACCCCCAUUUGCGGCUCUGGUAUGAAGCAUACCUCGUUCCUGUGGUUCGUUUGCAAUAUGAGUUCUAUCCAGAUAACGAAGAUGUUCUUGGAGUGCAAGAUCUUGAAAUGCUACCCGGCAGGGAAGGCAUAAAACAACUUUUACAAUAUGCAGAGAGACAGCAUAACUCGAAUUUGGCCAGAGACCUUGACUACGUCGUGAGACCAUGGGUGCGUGGUGCUAUCGGCACAAAAAGAAGGAAGAUUGAUCAAGAAGAUGGAGAUGUCGCUACAGAGGAGGCUUUAUGGGAACCUGUCAACGACUGGUUCGUCUCCUCAAGUCGGACGGAUUUCAAUGUCGUGGCAAAGGCAUUUGUGCAGUGGGAUGGUCCUGUGGAAAACCCACAGCCACAUAAUAGGGCUGUGGCUCGAUUUGCGCAGACGGGCUUGGCGAUGAUCUAUGGCUGUUCACAGACCACACCAGAAACAAUGUCUGUCUCAAGAGAGAUGCUCACUAAGGCUGCCGGACUAGGAGGACUAAGACCUCGCGACCUGUCGAAGCCCCAACCUGAUAUUGUGCUUCCUGAAUUCCUCGGAAAGGAGGAGGACGAGGCAGACUUAUUGCCUAGCUCGCUAUCUCGAACGGAAAAUCGGUUCACACAAGUCAACGAAUCAUCUGUUCAACUUCUGGUUGGAUUGUUGGGCACUUCUGAAAUCUUAUUGGACUUGGGCCUUCCUUUGACAAUGGCUGAACUCGCUCGGGUUUGCGUUUUCGGCUCAGAACGCCGCCACAAGGAUGAACUUCGACGACUGCUUCAACACAUUCCCCGCCUGACUAGGAGAGACAUUGACUGGCGUUUUGUACGUCGGCAACUGCUCUGGCUUCGGUCUUGGACAAAUCAACAGCAAGCCUGCUCUCGGCAUCAGCGGCCUGCUUUUCUCUGCAAACUCUCGCCUGUGUAUAUGGAGACACAAGUGCUCGACACACUUCUGAGUGCCAGCCAAUAUGACACCGUCAAAGAGGUCUACAUCGACACUCCACAUCCACCACUGCCGGCAACGGAAGUCGAAAGUCGUGUGGUUGCAGCAAUUUGGGAAGCCUAUGACAAUGCAAGCAAUGGGAGCAAGGACCGUGGUGGUAUGAAACGGGCAAAUGAAAUCCUACGAGCAUUUCGGCCCAAUUUCCCAGAGUCGUCGAGUCUCACCGACAUCGAUCAUCUUAUCAGAGCGACACAUAGCUUGUCAUUCUAUCAACUUACUUUGCAGCAUGGAGUGCCGUUUAAGCCAGUUGUAAUCCGUGUGCAAAGGGACCCGUUAUCACUUGUGGGAAAGGUUUUGGAGCAGGAUGCAAAGGCCUAUACAAAACUGGACGACCUCUUGGAAAUAGGACGGAAUCUUGUCCGCGCCCAUCUGCCUAAUCGUGGAAACUAUGCGGAAGAGUCAGACCCCAUUGAGUUACGUGUGUUUAACGCUGAGCAUAGGAUCACGUACCUUGCCAUCAUGGCCGCCCUCGCGGCAAAUGAUUUCGACACUGCAUAUGCCUACGUCUCAACGCGAUUGCCCCGAUCUUCUGCAGAGGGUGCGGCGUCUGGAUUUGUUGACGACACAUCAUGGCGUGCGGCGUACGCCGCCGGCAAACAUCGACCUGUUGGUUCACCCAAGAAUCUAAGUGCUCGCAUCGAUAGCCUGACCCAGCGUAUGGAACUUCUAUCUCGAGCCUUAAUGUUGGCGCCAUCUGGAGAUGCUCUCUCUGGCAUCCUGGCGACCUGGCGUCGUUACGAAGAAGAAAUGGAUGGGCUGAAAGUGCAAGCAGUAGAGGAAGAGCGAGCUUUCGACGCCAAAGCCGACGCCUCAUUACCAGGAGCUUUCGGGCUGGAGGAUCGUGCUGCAGACGCGGCGGAAACGAAUCGUGUAAUGGCGCGCCGGACAGGACCGGGAGCAGGUCCUGGACCUUCCUACGAAGAGCAAGCCCCAUUAGGCCUGUUCGAAGUUGCCAAAGGGGCAGCCACUGCUUUCCGCAAAAGUGCUGCCUUUCCACUCGGCUCAGGAGGCCUGCAGAAUCUCAAGAUUCAGGAUGGAAGUUACCGAACGAAAGGAAAUCUAGGGCAGGAGGCCGUCUCCCCUGACGCAAGUGAAGGUGGUAGGGCCCGGAAAAGAGACAUGGUGACGAAUAUGGUUACUAGCGGCCUAGUCAGUGGCAUGGGCUGGGUCCUCGGUGCACAACCACGAGAUCGAGUUGAUCAGAGAGACAGAAGAGAGCCUGAAUGA